CCCAACUGAGAGGGCAGAGAAAGGCCUGAACAGAGGUCAGUGGCAAGCAAGCUGGGAAGGUGGCAUUUUAGGAAUCUAAAUACACGGAGGCUGAGCACUUGCUGAGAAGUUCUUUGUGGCAAAUUGUGCAAUAAAGACUGCAAAUCCAGAGAGUGAAAGGAGAUGCGUGCAAUGAGACACUUUUCUGUGAAGCUGAAUGAUGGGCACUCCAUGCCUAUUCUGGGAUUUGGCACCUCAGCUCCUACUAAGGUUUCUAAGAGUAAAGUGGAAGAGGCCCUCGAGAGAGCAAUUGAUAUAGGCUAUCGCCAUAUUGAUUCAGCUUAUAUGUACCUAAAUGAAGAAGAGAUUGGGAGGGCCAUCCGGAAGAAAAUUGCCAGUGGCACUGUGAAGAGAGAUGACAUAUUCUACACUUCAAAGCUGUGGGGCACCUUUUUCCGUCCAGAAUUGGUCCAAACUGGCCUGGAAAUGUCACUGAAGAAACUGCAGCUGAGCUAUGUGGAUCUUUUUCUUAUUCAUUUCCCAGUAGCUUUGAAGCCUGGGGAGGAGAUUUUACCAAAGGACACAGAUGGGAAACUCAUUUCUGACACAGUGGACCUCUGUACCACCUGGGAGGCCCUGGAGAAGUGUAAGGAGGCAGGAUUGGCCAAGUCCAUUGGUGUAUCCAACUUUAACGUCAAGCAGCUGGAGAUGAUCCUGAACAAACCAGGACUCAAAUACAAGCCUGUAUGCAACCAGGUAGAAUGUCACCUGUACCUCAACCAGAGCAAACUGCUGAACUUCUGCAAGUCCAAGGACAUUGUCCUCACUGCAUAUGGUGCCCUGGGCUCUGACCCCGAAAAGGAGUGGGUGACCAAGAACUACCCAGUUAUCCUAGAGGACCCAGUGCUCAAUGCCGUUGCUGAAAAGCACCAGCGAACCGCAGCUCAGGUGGCCCUGCGUUACCAGCUGCAGCGGGGCUUGGUGGUCCUGGCCAAAAGCUUCACUGAGAAGAGAAUCCGAGAGAACUUCCAGGUUUUUGAUUUCCAGUUGACACCAGAGGAUAUGGAAACUCUAGAUGGCCUCAACAGGAACCUUCGCUAUUUUAAAGACACUUAUUUUGCUGAUCACCCAGAUUAUCCAUUUAAUGAUGAAUAUUGACAACAGUGUCAGAGGGUGCUCCAGCUUUUUAUUUUGGUUGCUAAUUGGAGAACAUCAAGGACAAGAAGACAUCUGGUUCAUUUUGUGCCCCUCAGCUUGACCAGUCACAAUAUGGCUUGAGUCCCUGGACCAGGAAAGAAAAGUCUCUAAACUCGAUCCUUUCCCCC